UGACGCCAACAACUCGGCACCUGCCAACAUGGAAGGUGGCGACGGCGGCGUUGCCGUGGCGGGCCUGGGGUGUAUGGGUUCUGGAGUGGCUGCAGCGACUGUGCGGGAGCUUCUGCGGGACGAGUGUUACCGUGACUUUUUAAAUGAACACUUUGAUGUAAAGAUUUAUACUUCCCAAUCUAUUCAUCAAGCUGUAAUUGCUGAACAACUAGCGAAAGUUGCACAAGGAAUCAGUCAGUUGGAUAAAGAACUACACCUACAGGUUGUUGCAAGACAUGAAGAUUUACUGGCACAAGCAACUGGGAUUGAGUCUUUGGAAGGUAAGCUUCUAUCAACAAUUAUUGGGGCUUUACAGGGAGCUGUUGAUAGGAUGAAAGCAAAAAUUAUUGAGCCAUACAAUAAAAUAGUAGCCCGUACUGCACAACUAGCAAGACUUCAGGUUGCCUGUGAUUUGCUUCGAAGAAUUAUUCGCAUCUUGUAUCUCAGUAAGAGACUCCAAGGACAACUGCAAGGGGGAAGUAGAGAGAUAACAAAAGCUGCUCAGAGUCUCAAUGAACUUGAUUAUCUUACUCAAGGAAUAGAUCUUUCUGGAAUAGAAGUAAUAGAAAAUGAUCUACUUUUUAUUGCAAGAGCUCGACUUGAAGUGGAAAAUCAAGCUAAACGCCUGCUAGAGCAGGGUGUAGAAACUCAGAAUCCAACUCAAGUUGGAACGGCUCUUCAGGUUUUUCAUAAUCUUGGAACUUUGAAGGAUACUAUCACCAGUGUUGUGGAUGGAUAUUGUGCUACUUUAGAAGAAAAUAUCAGCGGUGCAUUAGACAUCAAAGUAUUGACUCAGCCUUCCCAGUCAGCUGUGAGAGGGGGUCCUGGACGAUCUACCAUGCCAACCCCAGGAAAUACUGCAGCUUUUCGUGCUUCCCUUUGGACCAAUAUGGAGAAACUUAUGGAUCAUAUCUCUGCUGUUUGUGGACAGGUACAACAUCUACAAAAAGUACUAACUAAAAAGAGAGAUCCUGUUUCUCACAUUUGUUUCAUUGAAGAAAUAGUUAAGGAUGGACAGCCUGACAUUUUAUACACAUUUUGGAAUUCAGUUACUCAGGCACUUUCUUCUCAGUUUCAUAUGGCAACAAAUUCAUCUAUGUUUUUAAAACAAGCCUUUGAAGGAGAAUAUCCUAAAUUACUACACCUUUACAAUGACCUAUGGAAGCGUCUUCAACAAUACAGUCAAAAUAUCCAAGGAAAUUUUAACGGAAGUGGAAAUACAGAACUCUAUGUUGACAUACAAAACAUGGAAGAUGAUACUCAAGAUAUAUUCAUACCUAAAAAGCCAGAUUAUGAUGCAGAAAAGGCUUUGAAAGACUCACUGCAACCUUAUGAGGCUGCUUAUCUCUCAAAAUCCUUAUCUCGACUCUUUGACCCUAUCAAUUUGGUUUUCCCCCCUGGUGGGCGUAAUCCUCCUUCCUCUGAAGAACUUGAUGGUAUCAUUAAAACUGUAGCAAGUGAACUAAACAUAGCUGCUGUUGAUGCAAACCUCACAUUAGCUGUGUCAAAAAACGUGGCGAAGACCAUCCAGUUAUAUGGGGUAAAAUCAGAGCAGCUUCUGUCCACACAAGGAGAUGCGAGUCAGGUGAUUGGGCCUCUUACUGAAGGGCAAAAAAGAAACGUGGCAGUAAUGAAUUCAUUGUAUAAGCUGCACCAAUCAAUAACAAAGGUGGUUUCCAGUCAGAGCUCAUUCCCACCAGCCGCUGAGCAAACUAUUAUUUCAGCCCUAAAGGCUAUUCACACUCUUAUGGGGAGUGCUGUGCAGCCCUUACUGACUUCAGUAGGAGAUGCCAUCGAGGCCAUAAUCAUCACCAUGCAUCAAGAAGAUUUUUCUGGGUCAUUAUCCAGCUCAGGAAAGCUGGAUAUUCCUUGUUCUUUGUACAUGAAGGAGCUACAAGGUUUCAUUGCCAGAGUUAUGAAUGACUACUUUAAACAGUUUGAAUGCUUGGAUUUUGUCUUUGACAACACUGAAGCUAUUGCCCAAAGAGCAAUUGAACUCUUUAUCCGCAAUGCCAGUCUCAUAAGACCUCUUGGUGAAGGUGGGAAAAUGCGACUCGCUGCUGAUUUUGCACAGAUGGAGUUGGCUGUGGGUCCAUUUUGCAGACGAGUAUCUGAUUUAGGAAAGUCCUAUCGAAUGCUGAGGUCAUUCAGACCACUGCUCUUCCAGACAAGUGAACAUGUGGCCAACAGCCCCACGCUGGGGGAGAUCAUUCCGUUCAGCAUCAUCCUUCAGUUUCUGUUCACCAGAGCGCCGGCUGAACUGAAGUCCCCCUUCCAGAGGGCAGAGUGGUCGCAUGCACGUUUCUCCCAGUGGCUGGACGACCACCCAUCUGAGAAGGACCGGCUCCUGCUCAUCAGGGGAGCCCUGGAAGCUUAUGUUCAAUCAGUGAGAAACAGAGAAGGCAAAGAAUUCGCACCAGUGUAUCCCAUAAUGCUUCAGCUGCUUCAGAAAGCGAUGUCUGCUCUUCAGUAGCAACGUGCUAUCCGUUGAUCUCCACAUGGCGCUGGCUACUCCACAUGAGUUAAGACCAUAAUGGACCUUUCCUGUAUUUCCUUUUGAACUUUACCUCUUGAGCACUUCUACUUUCAGUAGCAUAAAAUGUCAAAAUAGAUUCAUAAGCAUAACCUUUGAACUCCACAGGCCUGAUUCUUCCUGCUAGACAUCCAACUUUUUCCUCCUCUUUCAGAUUUUGGUACCUGGCUAGGUAUGUAAAAGGUCCUCUGCCCCAGCCUGGGCCUCCAUCAGGUAUGUGGCCCAGUGGUUCUCAAAUCUGCCUGCACACUAACAUCACCAGGAGAGCUUGCGACACAUCUCUGGGCAGCAGUCAGGCGUUAAUGUUUUAAAAAUAUAAUCCCCAAAGUAGAAAUUCCAGUAUGCAGGAGUUUGGUUAUCCUAAAGCUAGGGGCUGAGUGUUCUUUAAAUGGUAUACAGUAUCUUUAUACAUUGCCAGUUUAUUAAGAGGCACUGGGCAGACCGUUCAGCAGCCUUGUAACAGACCAAUUAAAGAUCAUUCUUUUACAAAGAUUAACAAUAA